UGAGUCUUAUGUUGAUACUAAUGCCUGAAAUCCGUAUCGUUUGUAGGGUAGGCUACUUAUCUCUUGUAACACAAACUGGGGGCAAUGCGUCAGACGUGUCCGCUCACAUUAACAUGGUUUUGUAUCGCUGAGCCACUUGCUACCUCCUUCAAGAAUUCGCCACGACACUAUGACAGAAAUUUGGAGAGGCUACGUGUAGGCUACACUUUCAUCCUGAGGUGGAAAAUAUGUUAUUUAUUAAGAGGGUGAGACACUGCUGUCUAUUCCAGAAAUUGUCGAGCUUUUCUACCGAAAGCUCACCUAAGCCAAGUGUUCUGGAUCUUUGCUUUGAGACCAUCGAUGAUUGCUCUCCGCACUACUGCUCAUGCGUCCAAACGAUUCAGUGCGAGGAGAUGCUGUUUGGACUUCGGUGAUGUCUUUGGAAGAGAUGGUCUUAUACCCCACGUAAUUACACUGAUUUUCUGCGAAAAGACUGACGAUUCCUUGGACAAUCGCCUCUUCGUUGUUAAAUGCAAACAUUUAAACUAUUUUGAUGUUACGAUGUCUCAAAUUGUGGCAUGAAUCCACUAAAACUUGUAAUUUAAUGUAAUCUUAUUUGCGUAUGACUACAUCAGUCACGUUCAUAACAUCUGGAUCUCGGGAUAAUUGGAUCAUCUCUCAUGUGCCCCUCCUUCGCUCCUGCAUGAGAAGGUGCAUGCUUAGAUGGACGUCUGGCAGUGAUGUGUUGUGGACGAAAUAGAUUUCGCGCCGUAUGUUUUAAGAGGAUUCGCUAUUGCUUUUAGUCUGGAAAUGGCGUGAUCCGUAUCAGCGCAACCAGGAGGACACUAUAACCAUGGAUCCCUCCAACUGAUGGCCCUUGUUUGGAAAAGCAAUAGAGUCUGAGCCAAGCAGAGCACUAAUGAUGUCUUUUCCACACACGUUAGGCAAGUGCGUGACAGGCAUAUCAUUCUCAAUGAGUGCCUGGGUUGGCUGGGUUCUCUGUUUCUCCAUGCUUCCGCUGCAGUACCUAGGGACUGAGGGCUCUGCUUUGAACUGCCACACGACCUGCAUAUGUGCCAGCAAUGUUGUCAGUUGCUCCAAGAUGAGCUUGACCACGGUCCCUACAGCUCUGCCUCUGUACACAGCAGUAUUGGACCUCAGCUACAAUAAUAUCACCAGGUUGCGUGCAGAGUGGACCCCGGUCAAGCUGCCCAAACUGCGCAACCUUUUACUAGGUCACAAUGGGCUUCACUUUGUCUCAUCUGAAGCAUUUAUAUAUGUCACUCAGCUCCGCUAUCUGGACCUGUCCUCUAACCAUCUGGAUCAGCUGUAUGAGUUAAUGUUUGAACCUCUGGUGCACCUGGAGGUGCUGCUUCUCUACAACAACCGCAUCUCACAGAUUGACCGCACUGCCUUCAGCAGUCUCAACAGUCUACAGAAACUGUACCUGAGCCAAAACCAAAUCUCCCGAUUCCCAAUGGAGCUGGUCAAAGACAAGACGCGACUCGAGAAGCUCAGCUUGCUGGACGCGUCUUCUAAUAAGGUCAAAAGUCUGCCACUCCAAGAUCUUCAGAACCUCCCAGGCUGGAUAAAGAAUGGACUUUACUUCCACAAUAAUCCACUCCCAUGCGACUGUGACCUCUACAGUUUGCUGACUCAUUGGUAUAUUCGAAAGUUUAGCUCAGCCUACGACUUUAGGGAUGACUACACUUGUGUGUUACCAGGCUCGGAGAAGAAAAAAAUUGUAGCCGCUUUUGAGUUGAAUACCCUCCUGAAUUGCAGCACAUUUAAGGAGGAGGGUCAGGAGACCUAUUUGGAGCAGACGGUCUUUCUCAGCUGCGACACGCGGCAGCAAGACACGGUAAAGACCUGGAUGCUACCCAACAAUGUGCCGGUGAUGCCAAAUAGCAACCAGAGCGCCGUAGUCCUGCCCGACGGCAGGCUACAGAUCAGUCCGGCGCGCGCGGAGGACUCAGGAGUGUACACUUGCUUCGCCGUGAGCGAGGCUCUCAACGAGACCCUGUAUGUGGUGGUGAAGGUGCACAACUUCACCAUCAGCGGCAAUGGUGAGACGCUCAACACGGCCUACACCACCCUGGUGGGCUGCCUGGCCAGUGCGGUGCUCGUGCUCAUCUACCUGUACCUCACGCCCUGCCGCUGCUUCUGCUGCCCCAACCACAACAAAGACCCCAAGGAUCUCCAGGGGCAGAAUGGCAAGCUCAACCCCAACGACGACGAGGACGAGGACGUGGAGGAAGAUGGCCUCCAGGGGAAAGCGCACAGGAAGAAAUCCGUCGCAGAGUCCAUCAGCUCUGUUUUCUCGGACACUCCUAUUGUGGUCUGAGAAAGGACAAUCCCCACUGGGCUUACCCUUUCCCAAUUAGAUAGCUAUUGGGAGGGGUCCACCCAGUGUUUGCCGAACUCAUACUGUGACCUGUAAAAUAAGAGGAAUUGAAAUCCACACAGCCACUCAGCUUUUGGCUGACAGAGGCUGUGUAACCAUACCAUUAAUCUUGUAUCAUUGUUGACAGGACAAUAUAGAACGCCUUUCCAGCAUUGCAAUCUGUAGCACUUAAGUAUAUACUGUGAUAAGGCUGGGCAGCAUAUUAAUAUGUGGCUAUAUGGGAAAAAGGUGUUGUUGGAACGAUAGGUCAUUGGCAGACUAAGACAUUGAUUAGCAUUAUUAUGAUAUUGAUUAGCUGACUGGGAAAAAGCCAGACAUCUAGUUCUUUCUCGAGCAUUAGCCUUGCAGAGUGGUAUAUUGAAAAGAAAUAGCCUAGAAUGAGUUCUCAGUAGAUGUUAGUACAUAUGUAUUCCCCCAACUACUAACAGACCAGCCUGACAUUGUUUGUAGAGUCCUCGUCAAUGAGUCAUUUCUAGAGGAGUGGCAUGCCAUACACAAACAUCUCAUUAAGUCUUGUGUCUGUCUUGGAGCAGAGGACAGGAAACUGCCCUAAUAGUAUCGUAUUAAGUGAGCUGUCCAGAAAUUGUUAAGUCUUGAAGACUGUGUGCUUGUAGAAAGUGCAUUAGGGCUCUUUAGGUAGCCUACAUUCUGUUGGAACUGCCUGUUUUUUCAAAGCAAAGUGCUCAACCUGAAGGGAUUUCAGAUUUCCUGAUAACUGCAAUUGUACAGUUACUUUUAAGUGUUCAUGUACGACCUGAAAGAAACAACCAUGUCGUUCACAGUGUCAUCAUAAGUCUAUGAAACAUUUGUUAAUGUUGUGGUUACAUAAUUAGCACAUAAUAGUGUUCCAAAUGUGUUUUUCUAUCGACAUAAUAGGAGGGUCAAGCCAAUUUGAUGACUUUAGAUCAGAGUUCUUAGUGCAGUCCAUGUGAUGAGAGGAGUAUUAUAUGCUGUGAAGAAAAUCACCGGCAGUAUUAUUGUGCCCAGUAUUUCUUGCGUGUUGUAUUUAAACUGUGAGGACCCGUUUAUUGCCCUUCACGAAUUAUUUGAUUCUGAAGGAGGAUGUUAUUUAAAUACAAACAGAUUUUUCUUCCCAAUUGUUUCUCUAUUUUUAGCCAUUGGCUGUAAAUUAUAAACGCCCUGGCAUUUAUAAAGCCUAGAAAAAAUAUAAAUACCUUAUAUUGAAUUCAGGUUUUGUCAUAAGAAAUAGUUUCUUAAAUAUUUGCACACAAAAUCUAAAGUUGAUGCUCAAAGUUGAAGUACAGCAAGUCCCUCCUGAAGUAUUUAUGGAAAUGAACUGUAAAGCGAUUUUGUGGUCUUUAGGGAUAAUUCAGAAUUUACAUCAACAUCUCUGUUAGAUGUUGAGGUGAUUUUACAGCAUUCAAGGUCUUGUUAUUUAUUUCAUGGCAAACACAAGUACUCACUGUAUGAUCCAGGCAGUAAUGAGGAAACAUUUGUGACACUCAUCCCUCGGCCAAAAAAGAGGAACAAUUUCAAUAGCAUGAGCAUGCUUGUCAUGACAACAGGAGAGCGGUCAAUUAACAAAUGCUAAUGACAUUUGGACUAUAGCUCCUUCAGAAACAAGGCUAAUUUCAUCAUGAUAUAGGUGCCAUGGCUAAACUAGAAGCUGUUGAUCAUGGCAUCACAUUAAUUUGUUUCCACUUCCAGGUUACGGGAUGAAUUAGUCUGAACAUGAGCUACAGAAUGCAAUGCCCUUUAAAUAUGCUUGAUAAUCUCCAAUGAUUAAUAAUACACUUGGCAGAGGGAUAUUUUGUUUUCAGAAAAGCACUUAAACCACUGCACUAAAAUUCAAAUACAUGCCUAAGAAUAUUUACCUUCCUACUCACAUUUACACAUGGUCUGGUUUGACAUGCUGUCACUUGUCCAGGUAGAGUUGAUAGUGUGGUAGUGUGGUGUGAUUUGCUGAAUAAUUGUCCCUACACUCUACUUUCCCUCAAUGGACUUAAUCAAACAGGAUGUGAUGGUAAUAUAUGUAAAUAUCUGUCAUUAACAGAUUUUACAUUAUGGCUUUAUGUCAUGUCAGAAUAAAAAUCAGUUUUACGAGAGUGUCAACACUAGUUGCACACACAUCAUAAUCUUGGAGAUUUUUCUAUAAUGCGCAUAGAUUUCCCUGGCACUUUUAAUAUUUCAAUUAUAAGCCAUUAUCUGUCACAAUCUGCUUGAUGUGUUACUCGGAAUCAUCUAGACUGAAAUGUUUUCUAAUCUCAGGGAGGUGUUUGAGCAAAUAUCUAAAAAUCUGAGGCAAAUCAAAAAGCCAUUGGGUUUUAUCAAGACCUUCACAGCUGUUGAAGCUCUCCCUCUCUCCCUCAUUCUUGACAUCACCUCCAGACAGUGGAACUGCAACUCUCCAUUCACUGCCUCCUAGCCUCCUAAUCCCUAAUGUAAUGCAUAUUUCUCAAGAGAAAAAAACAUCUGCUAGAGAUUUGAUAACAUGUUGCUGUAUUUGUCUAUUUUGUAUAAUUGUAACUGUAUUCAUGUUCAACACAUUGUUGGUUGUGUGUAACAUUCAUCAAAAAAAAAACACAAGUUUGUUGCUGUCUUUUAUCUCUGAUUUGUAUAGGGAUACAUUGUUUCUCCAUAGAUAGACAAGCAGGUUGACAAAACACAUCACAAUGAAUGUAGUGAAGACCUGUUACAGAUAGGGCCUCCUGGGAGUGUACUAUUGGCUCUCACACAACAAUUUAAGUUACAAUAAUUUAAAAUAACACCCAAUGCCUGAUGUCCAUGUGACCUAAAGAGAGUGAGACAGAUAUAAAUGUAUUAGAGGAUGUACUAAGCCAUUUCAAAGUGUAGUAAUACUAACCAGGUGUUAGAUAAUGCAAGGCAUUAUGUCACACCCCGCACGGUCAGGAAUAAACUGAGAACUUAGAUGUAAAUGACAUGCAUUUCAAUAUGAGGUCUCAUUGCAGUGGAUUUGAUUUUCAUUCUGUAUAUUCUCUUCUGCCAAAGGAUUUUUAGUACAUGUGAAUUCUCAUCCAGAGAAGUCUAGUAUGGCUAUUUAUAUUAGAAAUAUUAAUUAUAUGAUAUAUUAAUUUAUAUGAUAUAUGGAAUUUCAAAUAAACGUGAGUAAAUCUAUCUCAAUCUGGAGACAUUUGAAAAUGACAUCUUUUGCUCUUUGAGAAGGGAACGAAAGAUUACUUGCAGUUCUGCUGAAUAAAAUGAGAUGUUGAAGUAUUUUGAUCUUGUCUAUGAGCAACCCCACUCCUUGCAAUAAGCAAGAGCUUCCCAAAGAUAAUCAAUAGUUGAAAAGCAAUUAGAAGUAUGAUGCUAGACAACUAAGUCCCAGUAGGUACAAAACAAUGUAUAAAUCUACUAGUCCUGUCUUAGGUAUUGAAUGAUCACAGUAGGUUUGCAGAAUUGCAUGCUAAGGAAUGCAUCAAAGGUAGGGACUGUGCAAGAAAAGUAUAUGGUAAUGCUAAUCCCAGACCUCUAGGGUUUAUAACUGUAGACAAGGUAGGUUAUUAUGAGAAAUGCUCUCUGAACAAUAAAAC